CGGCUUGUUUUGUCAGUGUGCUUCGACCACUGUGUGUAAACUGCAAAUAUUGCUCGUUGCGUCUUAGAUCUCAGCCAUCAUGUCAGUGGGCUAAAAUACGCAGUGCUUUGGAUGGUCAUCGAUCAAUUUUUAACUUAAAACGCGAAGAUCACAAUAUUUACGGGGGAAGUCGCACAUUUUUUCGUACCCAACUUUCUCCAACGUAAAUAACGCGAAGAAUUGAAAACCUUUGUUGCGCGCGUGAUGCGAUCAGGCAUCAAACGUUCAAAUGUUUGUGUUUUGAUUUUGUGUAUGGAUUGUUGUUCUAAGAAUAAUCGAAAUGGCAAUCGAAGCGAGCAUUGUCGAGCAGCUUCACAGGCUUCGUCAAUGGCAAAUCGAGGAACAGGAAAAGCUGCUCCAGCAGCAGCAGGAGCAACGUGAAAUGCUCUCGGACGAGCAGAAUCGCAGGUAUCAAGCACUCAGUCUGUCAGUCGAGGAAAUGAGUUUGGAUGACGAAGCGUUGAAGGACUUGUUAACGAAUCAUAAGAGCAAUAACAGUAAAAAUGAAGAGGAUGUAUCAUUGAUUGAUUUCGAUACUCCCGCCGAGGCAUUGACUCCAUCUAUUCUUGCUAAUGGAAAUCAUUGUUCGCCGUAUUCCUCUUUAAACAAAGAAAAUGCUAAAGUAAACAGUGCCAAUCUUGAAGUGCCUAAUAUGAAACUAACUGUAAGAAAUGCAAAGACUGACGAUAAACCAAAAAUAGAUUGUGAUAACUUAAUUAAUCAAAACAAUUACAGUUCUGAUUUUUCGCUUGACGAAUCUGCAUUUUUAAGUGUUUCUAAUCCUGGAAGAAAAUCUAUUUCAAUCGAUGACACCCCAGUGCCUCCACCUGUGAAAAAUUUUCAACAAUUGCUAGAAGAUAAAUUGAAAGAUACCGAAGCUGUCAGUAUGGAAAAUACCCCUGUCAAAAAUAAACCAGUAGUUAAACGGCCUUUUCUUAAAAAAGGUGAAGGCCUUGCUCGGUUUAUGCCCAAUGCUAACAAUGGUAUUAAAGCACAAAAAAAGUGUGCCGUGAAACCCAAGAGUGCCUCUUUUACGGAUGGAACCAUUUCUUCUAAUUCAAAAAUUACUAAAACAAGUAACUUAGGAAGAUGUAAUUCUAUACCUAAAUCAAAAAUUUCAAAUCCUAAAAAAUCUAUUACUAAUAAUAUACCACCUGUUGCACAAAAUAAGUUAAAUUUAAAGAAUGUAACACCACCAAUAAGAAAAGCACGUAGUAAAUUUACUGCCACAAAGUCAAAUGCUGUUCAAACUCAACCUUCACCAUUGGAUAAAAAGAAAGUUCUUCAAACAAGUUCUGAUGCAAACAGUUCUGAUAUUGAUACCAAAAAUAAACGAGAACUGGAAGAAGUAAGGGUAUUUGAACUUCUUGAAGACAAAGCAGAAAAUUCCAGUUUUUGUUCUACAUCAAGUACAGUUAUAGCCUUUUUACAGCAAUCAACUCCUUUAAAAGCUAAAGCUCUUUUACAUAGUGCUUCAAAACAUAAAAUUUCUUUAGAUGAUGUCGGAAGUGACACAUUGGAUGAAAUUGUACAAACAACUAAGAAGAACUAUCCAUGGUUAGAAAGAAUACGAAAACCUGUUAAUAAACAAUUGAUUACAGUUGAUGGUAAUAAGAAAUCAAAAAUUGAUUCUGCAACUCAGUGGGACAAUAUACCUUUGUCAAAAAUAAAAAAUGAUAAAACUAUAGCUGGCACCAUAUUGCCUUAUGGAACUGAUGUAGAUCUUCAUUAUGAUGAUUAUUCAAUUCAAGAAACAUCUAAUUUGAAUGACACAAACAUCAGCUUACAUGUAAGAUUUUCAGAAUAUAAUGAAUACAAAACUUUGACCGACACAUCUAGCUUAUCAAGUGAUUCUCAAACUGUAAUAAAUCAUGAAAACGAAAACAGAGCAUGGUCUGAUUGCUCUGCAACACCAGACACAUCCGACGCUGAGAGUGUCAUAUCGAAAUCCAAAAAUGACGUCAAUAACAGCGAGCACAAUGGUUACGCUGAAAACGUUUAUACCGAUGAUGACGAGGACGACGAAACCAUUGAUGGUAAGUACGAAGAAACUGAAAAUAACGAAGAUAGCGAAGCGGAAACGGGGACGGGGCUGGUCGACGUCACGUUGCAAACGGAGAAAAAAGAGGAAAUUCAGACAAUAAAAUCGGAAUUGCUAAAGCAACGCUUGCAAGAAUUGGAACACGAAAUCGAGAUUUUUCGAAAAGAAAGUGCAUCGCUCGCGGCUCAGCGACUCAAACUCGGAGAAGAGCGCACGAAAUUGCAAGAAGAGCGAAUCGCCAUGCAGCGAGGCAUUCGAGAUAAGGAAGAAUCUUUGGAAAUCGAGAAAAGGAAGAUGGAGGGCAUUCUGCUGGAAGAGAAGAAACGAUUGUCUCGCGAGAAAGCUGCUUUGGAGAAUAGAAUGAAGGACGCCCACGACAAAGCUCAAAAGAGCAAGCAAGAUCGGAUGGAGUUGCAAGCUCUAAAGGACGAGAUGGAGGAUCUUAAGGAAGACUUUGCUCAGAGGGAGAGCAAGUGGUCGGCCACGAGCGCACGUCAGCGUAGUCAGAUUCGCGUGUUGCAAACCGAGAACUCAAAAUUGAAGCAGGAAAUCGAAAAGUUGCAGCAGAGAAAGGCAAAUACAAAUAAAAUUAAGCGUCCGGUGGCUUCGUCAAAUACCAAAGCCAUCCACCAAAUAAAUAAGUAUCUGGCCGAACGUAAAAGAACGUCGAUCGGCAGGAGUAGCGAACCGGUUUACCAAGAGGAGCAAAAGCCCUGCGAAAGUGUGGACUCUCAAAGCGAUCUCGAAUUGGAGCACGUCGAACUCGAGAUACCUCAAGAGCCGGAAGAGGAGGAUCAACAAAAAGUUAUGAAAACUGCGGAAAGCAUCGCUCGAACUCGUAUUCUGUACGAAAAUUUGCUGAAAGAAGCCACCGACGGCUUGUCCGAAACUCAGAGCGCGCGUAAAAGUCUGACGACGACGCCGUCGAGUCAUCAAUUGAAUCAGCAAGCAAAACAUUCGGAUCAAAUUCCCGAGGAGAAUCGAAGUGCAGAAGAUUUAGAGCCGACCGUUCUCGUAACCAACUUACAAAAUUCACGAGUCGUCACGGGAGAAGAGAGAGAUGAAAAUGCGAAUAAGACUCAUCCUGCAAAAUCGAACGGGAAACAGAUUGUCCGCGAGGUUCAUCAUCCCGAUGGUCGUGCAGAGUAUUGGUAUCCGAAUGGAAAUGUUAAAAAAGUAUUUCCCGAUACGGGUAUAACGAAAAUCAUUUAUUACAAUGGAGAUGUUCGAGAAGCCGACAGGAAUGGCGUCGUCAAGUAUUUUUACGCUGCUACGAGGACUUGGCAUACAACGCUACCAGAUGGUUUGGAAAUUUUGGAAUUUCCUGAUGGCCAGGUUGAAAGGAGAUCCAAAGAUGGAACGAUUGAAGUGUCAUUCGCGGAUGGUUCCGCGAGAAUUGUUCAAGCUGACGGUUCUGAAAAAUGGUUAUUACGAGAUGGUACAGUCGCAGAAACUUCAGCAGAUGGUGAAAAAAUCCUUACGAUGCCUAAUGGUCAGCGUGAAAUUCAUACUAAAGAUCACAAGCGACGAGAGUAUCCAGAUGGUACUGUAAAAUUCCUUUAUCCAGACGGGGUUCAAGAAACAAGAUACGCAAAUGGCAGGAUCCGUAUGAAAGAUAAAAAUGGAACCCUCAUCAUGGAUACCCAUCAAUAAAGCUUUAUUUUUUUAUCAAUCAGAUUGAUGAUUUUGCUCAAUACAGACGAUCUCUUACAAUUAAGAUAAUUUAGUUUCUGUGAAAUAACUUCUUGAAAUGUAAGUGAAUAAUCUACAAGUGUAAACUAUUUUUGUAAUGAAAAAAAAGUAUAUUUUCUAGUUGCGAUGUAGAUAAGUGGGAAAAGAAAUGUAUUAAAAAUUAUUUGUAUUAUUAUUCCUAGAUAAACACAAGAUCUAUUAUUUUCAAUA